UAAAACCAAACCGUACUUAUUUCAAUAAUGAUACGUUUGAACCAAUCAGCUUAUGGUGGGCGUGGAGAGGUCCUCUCGCCGGCUAAAUUCAUUCCUCAACGAGCACAAUCGUUCUAUUAUACUAGAAUGGCGACUGCUGUUUUCGGUCGUCAAUGUACAACAGGCAGUAAUACUGCAAAAUCACACAAAGAACACCUGCGAAAAGGUAAGGAUUCACGACGGAGACAGGCGGCUCUUUUGUUCCUCAACAACAUAUCUUUAGACGGAAGGCCUUUGUAUCAUCUCAGCAAUGGAAACCACGGUCAAAGGGAGGCCGCCGAGCUCCGAAGUCGAGACGCCACCGGGGCACAGGCGACUGGACACCCUCUUUUCUCAUCGAGUAUCUACGGAACCGUCUCCCUUGUGGCACCCUCCUUGGCCGGUGGCGCUGCUCCUACUGUGGCGGGGAUCAGUGGACUGAGCCCAGUCCCUCCUAAUUUGGUCUUGUCUACAGACACGGGCUCAAGUACUGCUGUGCGGUGGAGUGAGGUGUUUUUUGAGGGAGUUGACCCCAUGGUCCCACCAGAUACCCAUCUGUCCCCCACCUCUGGACCUCAGACAUUCAAUCCAAGUGCCAAAUCAUCAUUUGCGCUCCAGACUCAGAAUUCCGUUCCGGGGGAUACACAAAGAUCACGGAAUCAUUCGGGCUCUCCAAAACCUGUCAGGGUGGCCAAGAAGGUCCACUUUAUCAAGAAUAUGAGGCAGUACGACACAAGAAGCAGCAGGAUCAUGAUGAUUUGUGCCAAGCGGUCUCUAUGUGCUGCUUUCUCAGUGCUGCCCUAUGGAGAGCGUAUUCACCUCAGUGACCCAAAGUUGGAGGUGCACAAACGACAGCUGUCCUCUGGGGUGGCAUCUGACCUGUUCCCUGGCCUGGAGGGCCUGGGGGUGGAGCUAGGUGCAUAUGGAAAGACGGUAUCGUACGCCCAGUUCCUUUUCCCCACUAAUGCCUUGGUGAGACCGAAGAGCAGUGGAGCACUAGAGCCCAGCACAACACAGACCCCCCUGUCACGUUACCAAUGCAACGGCCAGAAGAACUACACCACCCCGUCUCGACUCAACAGCACCAUAGGACAGGACCUGAAUAUAGAAGACCUGCCAGACUAUGAUCCCUACCUACUCAGUGACCCUCAGUGGCCUUGCGGGAGACACAAGAGAGUUCUUAUAUUCUCAUCAUAUGUGACGACUGUUAUUGAGUAUGUAAAGCCGUCGGACCUGAAGAAAGACAUGAAUGAGACGUUUAAGGAGAAGUUCCCCUAUAUUAAACUAACCCUCAGCAAGAUAAGAAGGUGUACGGUGCAUGAACACGUUGUGCAUUUUUGUCUACUGUCUGUUUCAAUCUCUGAAAAUCACAUUUGUAUCUUUGUCUCCAAACCAUGCAUUUACAUAUGCAAAUCCUGCAUAUCUGCCUACCAUACACACCCAUGUGUAACCUCCCUCCUGUUUGACAGCCUGAAGUGGGAGAUGCGUGCGGUGGGAGAGGAGUGCAGUUUGCAGCCGGUCACAGUGGCCAUGGCAUUUGUGUACUUUGAGAAACUGGUGCUGCAGGGCCGCCUGAACAAGCAGAAUAGGAAGUUGGUGUCUGCAGCCUGCGUCCUACUGGCAGCCAAGAUCAGCAGUGACCUGAAGAAGCAGGAGGUCCGACAGCUGAUUGAUCACCCCUUCUCUUUCUCCAUGGUUGAGCAGAAGCUAGAGGAGCGUUUUCGUAUAAACCGCCGGGAGUUGAUUCCAUUGGAGUUCCCUGUCCUGGUUGCCUUGGAAAUGGGGCUCUACCUCCCUGACAGCAAGGUAAUGCCGCACUACCGCAGGCUGGUACAGCAGGGCUAGACUGGAGGUGGCCCGGAGAACUGGCCUGUGACAGUUUUGAUAUUUAAGUCCUGAUGAUAUUGAUUGGAAAUGCUGAUCCUGAAUCAGCACCUUGAGAGAUGCACCUUCUACCCUAGAAUCUGUUCAGGUGUAGCAGGCCAGCCCAGCUUACAAUGCUCCUUAUAAAAAUAAAGUUUAGGUACUCUAUUUAUUUGAUUGAAUGCAAUCCAAUAUCUUGAUAACUUGAUAUGAUAAUAUCUUGGUAAUAGAAUGAAGGAUUUUUAAGAAUAUUUUCUGCAAAGCUGUUGGACUUUUUUCCUAUGUUUUGAUUCUUGUUGGGUCAGCUUGUUCUAAACUUCUUUCUGGGUGGUAUAUGGCAUUCUGAUGUGAAUGUUUUUUUCAUAGAAGGGUUCAAAACCAUGUUUAUUUGUACAAAAAGUACACUUUAAAUAUUUGCUAAAAAUUAGCUCAAAAACUGAGUGUAGGAUGGCAACCCGGUGGGGGUGUCUGAAAGAACACGGAGGACUUUUACUAUUCCCUAGUUUAGCUCUUUAGGUCUUAAAGGCAUUGGUGCUCGGAUGAGUGGCAAUGAAGGGUUACAUGUGAUCAGAUGACAGAUGUAGAUGGGUUUUAGUUGUCAGCACACGCAUCUGUUUGUAUCCGUUGUACGUACUGGUUUGGUUGCUUGUGAGAAGAGGGCUAAUGACUGAAGGUGAGAGCACAGAUCUCCCGAGGGUUGACUUGUUCAAAGUUUUAAAAAACAAUCAAAAAAUCAAACCAGAUUAAGACUUGCAGUGCAUUCAAAAUGCAUGACAGUGCUUUGUUAUAGAUGAUGUCACAGAUCACGUUAAAGGUGGUGAUUGUUCCUUCUAAUCCUCUGUACUUUCAUUUCUAACUGUGGGAAGAAGUUUUAACUUAAACUCUAUUUAAAGUAUGUGUCUAAGGUCCUCAUUAUGUGAUGUUGAUGGUUGCCAUAUCAGUUUGAAAUCAUUUAGACGCCCUGAAGUAAUUCCCUGUCCAAAGGUAGAGAAAUUUUGUUUUUUUGUGUGUAAAUUGUGCCUGGUAUUUGUAUCUUUGCUCAUUAUAGCUUGUGUUGAUCUUACUAUUUAUUGACUCACAUUGGACUUAAAAGGCCUCAUGUGAUUGAGAUGACACUCUGGCCAGCCCAGAACUCUCAUCCUCAGUUGUUUGUAUUCUACCAUUUGUUUAGGACUUUGCUUGGAUGGUAUUUAUUACCCUUUUCUUUGGUUGGAAUCUCAACAGUUUUGAUCAUGUCAGUUCUGUAGCUAGCAAUCAGUCUAAUUGUGUAGACUUUAAAUCACCACUGUGCUGCCUCAACUCAACUGCCUCUUUGAUGUUCUAUUUCACAAAUUACUUUUCUGCUGUGAAUGGUUUUGUUAAGUUGCAUGGUUCAGUCAAACUUCAUAUCAGUACUUGGUUGGUAUUGUAUAUCAACACCCAGGUAUAGGAUUUGCAAUAAGUAUUCUUACCAUAUUGUUCAAAGUACUGGAUCAUCCACAAGCCAGUUGUCAUUUUUUUUAGCUCAGGAAAUAUCUUUGAAUUAAUGCUUUAUUUUCCACUGAUCAUUCUGAGAUCAUGGGAUUUAUCAAACAAACUCUGGAAUGAGAGCAGGUAGAAACCAGUUAUUUGUGUGUCCUAAAAAGUGUAUUUAUUUACAGUAUUUCUUGUGUAUUUCUCUUAAUUUGCAUUGUAUAAUGCCACUUGACAAAACAGUAAGAAGUGCCUAAAACCACCAUGAGUUAAAUGACGUAUCAGUCCUAUCCAGAUAUUAUUCCCUCUUGUAUUUCACUCUCUUAUUGCUGUUGGUGUUUCACCGUAUCUGUGAAUAUCAUGGGAAAUUGGACUCUGCAUAAUGUGAAGCUCAUUGUUCUUUGAGUGAUCUUGGAAAAAACGUUUUGUACGGUAAUGUGCAGGUUUCUGCUGUGGUGUGACUGGAUGUCUUUGUUUUGCAAAUGUAUGCUUAAAUCACCUCAUGUAAUUGGUUUAGAAUGUGAAAUGGUAGAACUUCUGACAAAUUUGUGAUCAUGGAUGGUGUCAAUUUUGUAAAAGUAUAUUUUUAAAUCAGAAAAUAUAUUUAAACAUUUUCUAACCAUUAAGA